AUGAACGAUGAGUCAGCAGAUUCGUAUCAGUGGGUUUUACGUCAGACAAAACAGACCACUAGAGGCUAUGUACCUGCUGUUAUUAUGACUGAUGCUGAUCUGGCUUUGGAUCUUGCGAUCUCUGAGGAGUAUAAACAAUCUUAUGCCAUGCAUUAUUUUUACACUGCUAGAAAUUCUCUUGUUCUGGAAGUUUUUGAACAAAAAUGGAAACAGUUAAUUAAGAAAUAUAAUGAGCCUAGAGUUGUAAA